ACUGUUACUGUUGGUAGCUCUGGAAAAACAAGAGGCGGACCGACUCCAACGGAGUGUGUAAACGUUUGUCAAAAAUCCUGUUGUUGAUAUUUUGUUUCUUGAUAACAAGGUGUGGAGCCAAGGAUGUAUGAAAUGGAGCACAUGGACGUAGACGUGGUAGGCAUGGACGUUGAAAUCGAAGAAGAGGUGAUUCCGAAAAAGCGGGUCAAGAAGCCCAAGCACAAGAAGCGGGACUCGAAGGCUCCGGAAGACUCUGGCAGCGAAGAAGAGGUCCCUGUCAAGGUCACUCCAAAAAAAGCGACGCCUCCAAAGAAAUCUCCGGCCAAAAAGCCUGAAAUCGAACCUUUGAGAAUAUCCGAGCGGACGCCAAAACCGUCCCUGAAGCUGAAGGAGGCCGAGUCAAGCGCCCACCUUCUGGAGAGGUCGGCAGGUCAUCGACCUUCGCCCAAAGUCCGGGAGGCAGAGCAGGAGGAGGCGGGGAGGUCUUCGGAGCGCACGCCCAAGCCGUCCUUGAGGCUGAAAAUCAAACUCGCCGAAGCUGCAGAGGUCAAGUUGAAAUCUCCGAGCAAAAGUGCUGAGAAACCCUCUGCAGUGGUUGCGACAGCAGGUCAAAGUGUGCCCAGCCCGGGCACCUUGAAACCGCAGAUGCCGGGCAGCAAGAAGAAGAAAGGCAAGGGCAAGGAGAGCGGCGGGUCGUCCGACGAGGAGAGGUGGCUGGACGCGAUCGAGUCGGGCAAACUGGAAGAGGUUGACGACGAGCUGAAGAAAAUAAAAGACCCGAAGCUGAUGACGGCGCGCCAAAGGGCAAUGUUUGAGAAGAAGAGCGACGUGCCCGGAGAGGAGCAACCGCUGAUGGCCCUUCCGUCCGGCUACAAGGAAAAGGUGGUGACCGAGGAAAUGUUGCAGAAGAGGGCCCUCAAGUUGCAGCGCCGCAAGCAACAGGCCGAGGAAAAGAGAGAAAAGGACAAGAAAAUGACCAUGGACAGGUUGCUGAAGAAACAGGCGUCCAAGUCGAACAAGCCGGCGACUAAGAAGAGCAGCGUCGCCUCCCUCGAACCACUUUUGCUUUUGGUGCACAACGAGAACGCGACAACGAUCAGUUUCCCCGUUGGAACGGACGCCCCCGUGCCACAAAACACUCCGAGGUGCGUCCCGCUGCCAGUGAAGUGCGCCGUGUCUGGCUGCAAGAACGGCAAGAAGUACUCGUGCUCGCAAACAGGCGUGCCCUUGUGCAGCUUGCAGUGUUACAAAGCCAACCUCGCCUCCAAAGGACUGCAAGUGUGUCAAUAAUGGACUUUAUUAAGCCUAUUGGCAGUUUCAACGAUUUAGAAGUGGAUCUCUGUUGCAAUGACGGCGACUCAAAAGCUAGUGUGGUGCAGGCCAAAUUUUUUAAUAGUGGAGGAUAAAGUUGGCCUGGGCCAGCUGAGGCUUUUGGAUCCCCCUCAACUUGUACAAAACUGACUUUUGAUUGAUUUUCAAGGCUCUGUUAUCCAUCCCAUCAUCACACUUUGUACAUUUGUGUAAAUCUCGAUGUAAUUCAACUUUUCACAACUUAAUAAAGGUUAAAUUAUUUUGAUA